GACACGCUGAAUGUAAAUCUGGCCACAAACAACGUCUCUCUCUUUCUCUGUGUGGCAGUGAAUGCAACGAGGUGAGGUCGGCAUAGGAGAAGGAUUGUGUUUUGCGCACACAUUACGAGGACUGGAAUAUAUUUGGGGGUGAAAAACCAAAAGAGAAAGGGCGAAGCCCACCUUAAUACUGCGCUUUCCCUCUUCUCUCUGGACUCACGGACUUGGACAAAAUGGUUUUCCCGAAAUCCCAGUGACUGCGAUGUCAGCACCUCUCAUCCGCCUCGUGUGGAGCACAGACUGAAGAAAUACACACACGCUGACACGAAAAAAGGCGCGUUUUUUGGGUCAGGCGUUUCUCCCUCAAGAGCAGGCGUUCAUUCACGGCACACUGAAUGCAAGGAACACUCGCCCCUGGCAGCUGAAGAUGACGUUACUAUGGAAACAGUUUUUGCUGCUAUCAAUCAUGGAGUAUCUUGCAGAGUGUCUGGAUUACAAAUCCUUUAACGGCCCAAAAUGGCGGAUGGAGCCCAGCGAUCUCACGGUCGGCUCAUUGGAGGAAGAAGCAACUCUGACCUGUGAUGCUAAAGGCAUUCCUUCACCACAGUACAGGUGGACUCUGAACGGCACAUUGAUUAAUUUCAGGACUGAUUCCCGUCGGCGGCUAUCCGGGGGGAAUUUAGUCAUUAGGAGUCUGGACCGGUCCCAGGAUGGAGGAAUAUACCAGUGCACUGCAUUCAACCCACUGGGAGCAGUGCUUAGUAGAAGAGCAAGCCUCCAAUUUGCAUACUUGAAUUUAAAAACUCAGACGAGAAGUGCCGUAUCUGUGCGAGAGGGCCAAGGGGUGGUUUUACUGUGCGGUACGCCAUCAUAUGCCGGAGAUCUCUCAUUUGCAUGGGUCUUUAAUGAGUACCCUUACUUUGUUCAGCAAGACAAUCGUCGCUUUGUCUCUCAGGCGACGGGAAACCUUUACAUCGCCAAAGUGGAGCCGUCGGAUGUGGGGAACUACACGUGCGUGGUGGUAAAUCGCAUUACUAAGGGCAAAGUCCUGAGCUCCCCGACCCCUCUGGUGCUACGGACGGAUGGUGUCAUGGGUGAAUACGAGCCAAAAAUUGAGGUUCAUUUCUCUGACAUGGUUCCAGCUGCAAAGGGAUCCAUCGUGACACUGGAAUGUUUCGCUUUGGGGAACCCGGUUCCCGAGAUCACAUGGAGGAGGGCGAAUGGGGUUCCAUUUCCCAGCAAGGUGAAGAUGAAAAACUCAAAUGUGGUUCUGGAGAUUCCCAGUUUCCAGCAGGAGGACGCCGGAGGCUAUGAAUGUGUGGCAGAAAACAAGAUGGGAAAGAACACGGUUCAAGGACGACUGUCUUUCCAUGCAAAGCCUCAGUGGGUGCAGACGAUGCGAGACACUGCUUUGUCAAUUGAAGAGAGACUCUUCUGGGAGUGUAAGGCCAAUGGCAAACCCAAGCCUUCAUACAGCUGGCUGAAGAAUGGAGAACUACUCCCAGUCGAGGACAGGAUGCACAUAGAGAACGGAGCGCUGACCAUCAGCUCUGUAAACCUCUCGGACGCCGGCAUAUAUCAGUGUGUGGCCGAGAACAAACACGGAGUCAUUUACUUUGGCGCCGAACUGGUGGUGUUAGCCUCACCCCCAGACUUUUCCAGAAACCCUCUCAGAGCUCUUCUUAAAGCCAAGGCAGGCAGCACGGUCUCAAUGGAGUGCAGGCCACAGGCCUUUCCCAUAGCCAUCAUCCUGUGGAGGAAAGGCAACGACCCUGUACAGAGCAACGAGAGGAUAACUCUUGUCCCUGAUGGAACGCUUCGAAUCACAAAUGUGACCAAGAUGGAUGGAGGGACAUACUCAUGUUUGGCUAGAAACCAGUUUGGAUCAGCCAGCACUACGGGAAGACUGCUGGUAACAGAUCCCACACAGAUCACCCAGGGUCCAGUGGACAUGGAGAUCAUUGUGGGGGAGAGCAUCGUCCUGCCCUGUCAGAUCUCCUGUGAUCCUGCUCUGGAUGUUUCUUUCUCCUGGGCCUUUAAUGGGCAGCUGCUUAACAAACUCGACCAACAUUAUGAGCAUGUGGGUGGGAGCACAUCUGGAGAUCUGAUGAUACGAAAUAUACAACUAAAACAUGCUGGAAAAUAUGUCUGUGUGGUCGACACAGAUGUCGAGAGUUUGUCGGUGGCAGCCAUUUUAAUUGUGAAAGGUCCCCCGGGAGCUCCAGAUGGUGUUACGGUGGAAGAGAUCACGGACAGCACGGCUCAGCUUUCCUGGAGACCGGGCCAGGAUAACGGCAGCCCCAUCACGAGUUAUAUCAUCCAGGCCAAGACGGCUUUCACUGUGGGCUGGCAGGCGGUGAACACGGUCCCGGAGGUGAUUGACGGGAAUACCCUGACAGCUACAGUGGUGGAUCUGAAUGCAUGGGUGGAGUACGAGUUCAGAGUCCUGGCCAGAAAUAGCGUUGGUGUAGGCGAGCCAAGUCCAGCUUCUCUUAAGACCAGGACUGAAGAUGCAGUUCCCGACACUGCCCCCGCUGAUGUCGGAGGUGGGGGCGGCUCCAAGUCAGAGUUAGUGAUAACAUGGGAGCCUGUGCCUGAGGAACUUCAAAACGGAGACGGUUUCGGAUACAUCAUCGCUUUUCGGCCGCUGGGGGAGGUCAACUGGACGCACGCCGUCACCUCUGCGCCGGGACAGUCCCGCUUUGUGUACCGUAAUGAGAGCAUUCCUCCCUUCUCUCCAUUUAAUGUGAAAGUCGGUGCCUACAACACCAAAGGCCAGGGACCGUUCAGCCCUGUAACAAUCGUGUUUUCAGCUGAAAAUGAGCCCAGUGGCGUUCCUGGUGGCGUGUGGGCCAGAAGCAUUUCUGCCACUGAAAUUGAAGUGAUCUGGCACAUUCUCACCUCGUCCCCCGAAAGAGUGCUGGGCUACGAGGUGAUGUACUGGGAGGAUGAUACAAAACCAGAGACCAUGGGCAAAGUCAGAGUGUCUGCCAAUCAAAACAAGGUUAACAUCAGUGGCCUGAGAGGAUUCACUCAGUAUUUCCUGACUGUGAGUGCUUUCAACACGGCGGGCACCGGCCCCAUCUCACCCACCAUCAACGUGACCACCAGAAAGUCCCCACCCGGGCAGCCACCUUUGAACGUGGAGUGGAACCUGAUUGGCUCCAAGCUCACCGUUCAUUGGGAACCCGUCAUUUCGCUGGAAAUGGAGUCAGAGGUUACUGGGUAUCAGGUGUCUUACAGGAGGAACCGACAUAAAGAAAUUAACACGAUAUCAACAAACCUGACCUCGGUGGAGCUCACCUUACCCGCCGAUGAUGAUUACAUCAUUCAGAUCCGAGCGCUGAGCGACGGGGGAGAGGGAACCCCUACUGAACCCAUCAACAUCCAUAAGCUUAGUAUGAGCGUACGAGGUUCCAGAGCCUGGCGAGCCAAUACCAUCCCCAUCUCCUUGCUUUCCAUUAUCGCAUUAUCGACAGUGAGACCGGCUUUGUGUUAACACUCUGAAGAAUUGAACAUCCCCCAACCAGGUCUGAUUGCCCGUCCUCUUCCUCGCUAUGGGAUCAUGGGAGAAGCCUCCGAAACGCUUCUGAGGCAAGAUUAUUGAUCCAUCUCUCCAUAGUUAUCGGAGCCAAUGGCCGACGAGGAGCGUGAUGGAUAAACGACGUCACAGCGGUGUGCAUGUUACGUACGGUGUAUCAUUGUCUUCUUGCAAGCGAUCCGAGACCCUAACGAGGUCUAGCCGAAGGUUUUUGAACGAGGAGGGAUGACUCAUAUUACUGCACUGAGAUUUCAUCUCCAAUCCCUCAAAACAAAUGCCUUAUUUCCAUGUACAUGCCAAAGUAGUUAGGAUCCGUAUUAAGUUGUUUGUCGUGAAUGAUUUGUACUUAUCUCAUCUUUAAUUACAUUUAGCAUCUGCUUACUCAUUCGGUUACUUGUACAAGAGUCUAUGUGCCUUAUCUAUGUUUAAGUGUACGUAAGGCUUGUCUUUCUUUGCUUCGGGCACCAUUGUUGCAGCUACAAGCCGCUGGUACUUAAGAUUGUCACAAUGGUACAUUCUCAUUAUGGAGAUUUUGUGUUUUGGUUUAUGCCUUUCACAAGCGUGUUAACAGCAGGAGGCGGUAAGAUGGUUAUUUUUGGAAUCUCGACAUGCGUAAAUAUAACACACCACUGGUAUGCACAGGCUUAGCGUCUGUUAUUAGUGUGUUAUGAGUCAUGCGAAUUAAUAACACAAGAAAAAAUACAAUUCAGAUAAGUUCUUUAGAAGAGUAUAUAGUUUUUUAUAAUUUUUUAAUCUUUGUUCAUGUUAGUUAAUGCCAAUACAGUUGUUCAUGUUAGUUCAUUGUGCAUUAACUAAUGUUAACAGAAUGUAUUAGUAAAUGCUGAAAUGAGCAUGAACUAAGAUGAAUAAUUUUAAAGACUUUGAGGGGAAAAAAUAAAAAUGUUUAAUCUUUAUCCUUCAUUUUCUUUCAUAUGAAGUACUUCCCAAAAAAUCCCAGCAUAUUUAGUUGUCCUGCCGUUUCCAGGUUCAGUCUAGUACUGUAUCAUGUGACCCUGUCUGUGAAAUCCAGGCUAAAGUCUCAUAAUCUAAUGAUGCUAAUGAUGAGAUUUGGAGCAUCAAAGUUCAUACAUUGAUUUAAAUCUUUGACAUGAUCUUACUCAGUCAGUAUUAAAGAUAUCAAGGUUAUAUUUUCAGUGAAUGUUCUUUGAUGAUUUUAUGUAGAAACAGUAAAUCACAAAAAAUUAGUUUUUACAGACCGGCCACAUUUUAGGGCACCGGUUUUAUUUUAAUCAUCUGUUAGCUCUGCUGUUAACAACAUCUAUUAUGUGACACUGUAUAUUACACUUAAGCGCAAACUCAAAAUCUUGAUUAAUUUUGAGGCAGUUUCCCAGACAGGGUUUGGAUUAACCCAGGACUAGGCCUUAGUUAUAUUGUUUUACAAGCAUACCUUACAAAAAAUAAUAUUGGUAUGUAUCUUGAGACAAAACAAUGGCACUGAUAUAUGUUAGGAUAUUUCAAUGCAAGCUGUUUUUAAACAUGGAUGUGUUGGACUAGACUUAAAGGUACACUCCACUUUUUUUAGAAAAUUGCUCAUUUUCCAGC